AUGGACAGAGCGAAGAAGAAGUUUGCCUCUGCUAUCGAUGGACUUCGUUCACUUACUAGUCGAAUGGAGAUCGUAGUAGAAGAGAACAUUCAACCGGACCACUGCAGGCUUGCUAAGAUUGCUCGUCACGGGUUCCCAGAUGAGGCGCGGUGCAUAGCAUACGAUGCAGUGCAACGCCUUUUGGCCAUAGGUACAGGACACGGUGAAGUUAGGAUUAUAGGUGACGCGGGAGUAGAUUACCUAUUAAAACAUGAAGCAGAUCAUCCAGUCAACCACCUACAAUUUGUUAUCAACGAGGGUGGUUUGAUCACAACCUGCGGAAACGAUAUGAUACACUUGUGGAAUUACCGCCAAAAAACACCAGAGGUCGUCCACAGUUUACAGCUGAACAAAGAAGUCGUCACGUGUAUUCAUCUUCCCAUGGGAAGCAAAUGGUUAUAUGUUGGGACGGACAAGGGCAAUGUAUACUUUGUGUCAGUUGGUACAUUCCAACUAAGUCCUUACAUUAUAAACUGGAAUAAGGCUAUUGAUUUGAGCUGUCGAGUGCAUCCAGGCUCCGUGCGACAGAUAGCCGCUUCUCCGGUAGAACCAACAAAGCUCUUGAUUGCAUUCUCUAAAGGUGCACUUGUUCAAUGGAACCUCGUCACCAAAGAAGUUGAUCGUUUUCCUCUUGACCCUCCCAUAAAAUGUUUCAGUUGGCACUAUGAAGGAAAGCAGAUCAUUACUGGGAAUGUUGAUGGUUCCAUUUGUAUAUAUAAUAUGAAAAAAACUAGUGAACCACAACAGAAAACAACUCCACAUGGCCAAGGGUGUCGUCCUAUUCCAAUCAUCGAUUGGAAGCAUACGACGAAUGGUGAUCAACUAAUUAUUUUUUCUGGUGGCAUGCCCACUGAUGAUGGGUUACCUGUCCCAGCACUCACAUUUCUUCGUGCCUCAAAAUCUGCUACUGUCCUUGAAAUGGAUCAUCCUAUAUUAUCAUUUGUUACAUUGCCUCAGGUGCCCUUCAAUUCUUGUCCACAGCAGCCUCAAGCACUUGCUCUCCUUUUGAAAGGAGAACUCAUGAUGAUUGAUUUACAGAUGCCUGGCUAUCCUUGCAUUGAGUCACCUCACGCUAUGGAUUUGCACGAACAUCCUGUCACUUGCGUCGCUUACUAUUCCGAUUGUCCUAGUGAUCUUAUCGGCGCUUUAACUCUAGUAGGCUGCAAGCAGAGAAGGAAAGGGUUUAGUGAGAGGCCGUGGCCAGUAAGUGGUGGUAUCGGAAGGGAAUGCGCAACAGGACAUCAGGAACUCAUUCUUACCGGGCACAAGGACGGCUCAUUGAAGUUUUGGCAGGCUUCAGGAGAAAAUCUUCAAAUUCUCUAUAAACUGAAGACAGCAUCACACUUUGAACGUUUAGAGGAAUUAGAAGGGUGCGAGAAGGUGUCACAUGCUGUAAAGUUGAUUGAAUUAUGUGUUGAAUCUCGGCUUUUGCUUGUAUCCGGAGUGUCUGGACAAGUUACUCUUUUCCGAUUUUCGAAAACUGAGAGUAUGAAUACGAUUGCUGUUGUACAUAUACCACAACUCAACUCUUUGACAAGUGCAAGUGAUGAGCGAGUCGAGGCUCCUCAACCUGGAAAGGAGAUUCGCAGGCAACAUAAGGUGGUUAGCCAAGAUUCUACCCACAGUCCUGAUACGAGCGUUGACUCGGAUGAUGAAAGCAUUGUACCGUUCAAAGUUCGCGGUGCCGCUGUGAGACGGUUUGCUGGUUAUCAGCCAGAACUUGCUUGUUUGAUUCCAUGGCCGUCUAUUUCACAGGCCGAUUCGGUUGCUUCUGCUGCCCUUAAUUCUGCUUUCGGUGUCAUUGCUCUGGGUAUGACAAAUGGAUUAGCACUGGUCGAUAUUUUUCAAUGUGCUUUAAUAUAUGCAUGGAGUACCUCAGAGCUGUUUGGAUCUGAUCCUACUCCAGCUGUUCAGUUAAAUCUUGUGGAUGUUCUUUCGGAAAUGGAGAGGAGCCAUUUGGUGCGACUGAAUACGGAUAUUCGUCAGAAAACCUUCGACCGUCCUCCCUUACUCAAGGCUCAGUCUCUCAUCGGCACUCAGAACGAAAAUCGAAUUGGCACUAUACCAUCGCCGUCGAUGUCAAACCACAGCCUUGAGAAACUCAGCCUCGUUUGUCCUGAGACAGUAACUUUUGUUGCAUUCAUACACUCCUUUUCACGUAAAAAUGAUUCACGAGCAUCUCCGUGUCUGUGGAUCGGAACCAACGCCGGUGCCUCGAUUGCAUUAAAUCUUAUUCUUCCUCAGGACCGUCUUAUUUCUUCAGUCAUUGUAGCUCCUUCAGGCACGGUGGUGAAGCUGAAAGGGCAAAUACUCUUUCAGUGUUUUAUGGACCAGUCAUUUUCUCUUGCUUCGGCAGCCAGUGAAUCAUAUAGAGAGAACAACAGAGACUGUGGAAGUCCCGAAAAAACUAUUCAUAAUCGGGUGAUCACUAAACCAAGCCUCUCUCCUACUUACUCCAUUUCAGCGGAUUCAAGUGAGGAUUCCCUUGUUAUUGUCGGAGAGUUCGAAAUUAAAGUCAUCGCUCUUCCUUCAUUCAUCCAGCUGUUUAUACACAAAUGUGAAGAGAUUCCAUUGGUUAAGGCUCAUGCUACCCAUGUGCGAGGAUAUCCGGUGCUGAUGUGUUUGGCAGCUGACGGAAAGGUGUUUUUACUUAACUUUGUCUUAUUGAGGCAAACGAUUUUUAACUCUCUAUUACAUCAAAUUAUCCUUAAAUCUUCUCAGGUGGAGAAGUACACUAUAUGCUCAGAAAUCGCAGAUCAGGCUUCAGAUGCCCUUGGUGAGCUUUUUGUCGCGUGUGAUCUUCCUGACCCUCCACGCAACAGCUCAUUCUUGAAGGUGAUUUAUCCUGACGACCUUUUGAUUCAUGCGAUAUUGACUCAAUACGUUAAGAAAAUCAGUGGUGGAGUGGGCGGAGGAGCGACGCGCGCCGUAGCACGGACCAUUCCAGGUCCAUCAGUGAACAUGGAACGAACCCAAGCUAGUGGGAUAUCUGCUGGACAAGCCGCGUUUGCGGCUUUGCAGAAUAUAUCUGAACGAGGUGAGAAAUUGGGCGCAACAGUUGAUGCAGCAGAAAAUCUGCGUAAUAGUGCAAUGAACCUUUCGCAAAGAACCGGAAAAUUGGUGGAAAAAUUAGAAAAGAAAAAGUGGUAUAAUUUCUAG